AUGGAUAUCCACAAAUUAAUGCAUAUCAAACUAAACAUAACAUAUCAUAAUAAACUGAGUGUCUCGGAUUUACAUCCACAAUAAUAAAAGAUGCACGGAGACCAGGCUGGGCCAACUGUCUGCGUGUCUCUCCAACUUCGAGGGUCAUGUCUAGAUGGGAUACAGCUUUUGUCAAAUUGACCUCAAAAGUAAACCAUUUGCCCCCCAUUUAGCCAACCAUUUCCCCAACUUUCCCUAUUCUAACCUGCAGCGUAAAUUCUCCUGAACCUGCUACUAAAUUAUCAGGGCGCAUGUUAUCACCAGCAGGCAUAAAGAGGGCUACCGUCAGCUCUUCGUCUUUAGACUAGCUAUUCUACAGUGUGUAUGUGUCGGCUUCUUUUACUGCCGGGAGGAUGUGUCGCAAUGUUAAUUUAUUUCACUUGAAGCCACACUUCCUUUUUUACCUUCUCUGUAUUUGCGCCUAAAGAGACAGUUGAACGAGACAGUCGCGAACAUGUAGCCUAGGCGAUGUGUUGAUAGUCUCAACAUUUGUACUUGAUAAACAGUUUAAGUAGAUUGUCAUCAGAAAAACUGAAGAAAACCUGGAUGAUGUAACGUUAAGCAGUGCUAUUCUGAUAAUAAGAGACACGAGUCGAGACUGGUGAGCGCAGUGGGAGAAACCAGAAUUGAAACCUGCGGUGCGCCAGUGAAGGUAGGCUUGAAAUGAAGAUUUGCUUGUCUCUACAUUAGUUAUUGAAAUAUAUUACUGUAGGCCUACUUUGGUAUCAGCAUCUGCAUGCGUUUGGAUUUUCAGCCAUUUUCAGCUAAAUAUGUCCUUGUUUUUGCUUGAGCAGUGAAAUAAAGUUGUAUCAAAUUUGACAUGAGUAAUUAUGUUCACUGAAAGCUUUCUACAAAUAUUGGCAGUUGUUAAGCUAUAUAAUAUAAUAACUUUAUUUUUCUAAGAGGGAACUUCUAAUGUGAUUGUCAUGUAGGCUAUUAUUUUUCAGCACAACAUUAACAUAAUUGCAAUUAUUUUGUGAGUUUGUGACUUAUGAUGAUUAUCUACUUAUGGAUUGAUUUGAGUGAGUGUGUGGUGUCAAUUCUUUUAAAAUUGCAGCUGUUCAUUUCAAUAAUGUAAUAAUUUGCUAUUCCAACCAGCUGUACUAGAUUAUAAAUCAGGGGGUUAAAUGUUCCUGCAUGAAAUGCCCUGUAGGCUACUGUAGUUUCACUGAAACUAUCAUUUGGAUGGUCCUGGUUUGGAUGUAUUGUGUCAAUAUAAACCUACUGAUACAGUACUUACUUCACGAUUUGGGUUCUCCCAGUUGAUAAUUAUUGAAGUAGCCUAUUCAAUGAAUAGGUGAGCUGUUGAGUGAAUAGGUGAGCGGUCUGAUGGAGAGCCCGUCUUCUACGACCAGGCGCCAGGCCUGGGUCCAGACCAGUCGACAGUGGCUAACCCUGGAAGAACUAGAUCCACAGGUACCAGGACCAUACAUCCACCCCUCUGCCCACCCAUCUACCCUACAACGACCAGGAUAUACCCAUCCUUCUGCCCCACAUGGACCACCAUACACCCAUCCCUCUGAUCAACACCAGUCUGCAUCAGAGGACGACGUCUUCUCAGAUGGAUGCUCUGCAGGAAAGAUUGAGAGCUGGCUUCUGGGCUGUGGGCUGAAGACAGACUCAGAGAACUCUAGCAAUAUUCUGACUGUUGAGUCUCUGCUGAAAGCGAACAGUUUUGAAGAUGACCUGAGUCUGGGUGCCGAGGCUACAGCAUUAAAUGUCAAAGGAGUCUCAGAACUGAGGGUGCUGCUUCCGCCACCCAAACAUCUUCACAGAGGUGAAGUCACCACCAGUACUCCCCGUCAGAGGCUGGCAUUACUCCACCUCGGUUACAGUAUUGCCUCCAGUGGCUUCUCCAACAGCACCAGUAAGGCGUCAAGUGUGUCUGAGGUGCUGCAACUGUGUGCAGAGGAUGCAGAGGAGACUCUGUACGAGUUGGGGUUCGGAUGUGACGAGCCUGAUGUUACAGACCGCAUCCCCACCCGUUUCCUCAACUUCCCUUCCCAGCUUCACGGUAUCAACUUCCGCCUCUUCCUCCAGUCCCAACUGUACCGCCUCCGACAGGAGGACCCAGGACUCUCUCUGGCCGGUCGUUUCAGGCAGGUAGAGGUGUUAACAGCCAUGGCCAAUGCCUUCUACUCCCUCUACUCCCAUGUGUCCCACAUGCCCCUUCAGAAGCUCUCCCCUCCCGAGUUCAGCAUCUCCCCCACCGCUGACAAGCAGACUGGACGGCGCUUCAUGGGAAGCGUUCGCAGCAAACCGAGGUCUCCAGUGGAGCGAUUUAAGGACACGGUUUCUAAGAUGUGCCUGUAUACUAGUUCUGGUGGUUCCACCCAGCUAGGCUCGGACUCUGCCUGCCACGGUCAGGGAUUUUCUUCCGGACCUGGGUCUGGGUUGUCCCCCAAGAAGAGAAGCAGCCUGCCUGACUUGGUGGGACUGGUCCUGGAGAAUGCCAAGGCAGAGGCUGUAUCCAGAGACAUGGAGGAGGAUAAUCAGGAUACAGGGGACAGUAAUGGGAUGAGUGCUGCUGUGGACACGAGUACUAUGGUGAAGGAUAGAGAGACAGAGACACAAGGACACAUAGACACAGUCAGUGACAAGGAGAUGGAGCAGGGUUUGUUAUCAGAUGUACAGGAUAUGGACACAGGGCAUAGUAGUUUGAUUAGUUCUGUGGAGCCACAUCUGGUCAAGGACAGAGCGACAGAGACACAGGGACAUAGAGACACAGUCAGAGGCAAGGGGUUGGACCAGGGAUCGUCAUCAGAUGGGGAAGGGGCUGAUUUAGAGAGAGAGAGAGACACCGAUGGAACUCCAAAUCUUCGAGCAUCAUCACUUUCAGAAUCAGGUCAGCGAGAACCCAGUAGUAGAAUGAAGCUGGACUUUUGCCUUACUACUCCAAGUUCUACUUGUGAGGUUGGAGAAACUCACAACACAAUUCAUCCCACAGACUGGGCAGCAGUGGUGGCACCGGUUGCCAAGGUUACCCAUGACGUCAUAUGUCCUCAGGUCGUUGAGAGUGUGCACUAGGCACUCUACAGCAGUCAACUACAACAGUGGAAUAAUAGCACACAGAUGGCGACCAUUUUGUCGUCUGUUGUGUCCUGUGAGAAUGUCAGAUCUGACCAGUCCUUCACCACAUCAGACGCACUACACAAAUCCAGGGAGGAGAAGGAUUUAACUACCAAUAACUCAGCCAAGAGUUUAGAGGUCGCCAUAACUACCAUUCCAAAGGCUGAGUCUGAGGGUGACUCUUGUUUGGGAGAAACUGGGACACUGGUGGAGUCAACGUUCGUGCCCAUAAAGCUCCCUAGUGGAAAGAGGUCCCCUUGUCUAAUCACUGUAACUGAUGUGGCUUGUAGUUUUAGUUCUGCAUACACACCGGCGAUGGUUCUCACUCCCAGUGGUGGUACCACUGAGGUGCCUUCAGCAGCCCAGUAUUAUCCAGGUGUAUGGGAGAACAAGUGGUGCCUGAGUCCUCUGAAACCACCACCAAUCGGGGUCCAAGGGGAGGCAUCCCACAGUCUUCAACAGGCCAACUCCUUUGAGCUAGAGGAGGUACAUAGUGCAGGGGAGGAAGACUUUGGACAGCAAGAAACCAUAAGGUCAACAUCUUUGUCACUGUCUACUGUCAAUCAAAACACAGGUCUGGUGGUUCGAGGGGACAGCAUGCAAUCAGACAGUAGUGGCUAUGCUGAUGAAGACGUCAUCUCUUCAGUCUACUCCACUGACAGAGACAAGAGCUGACAGACUGAUAAGGGUUGAGUUCCUGCCUGACUCGAUGCGCAGGCAUUGCAUCAACCAAUGGUUGCAUAAGUCUUUCUAAGUACCAGAAAGCUCCAUUAGGGGGGGCGAUAAACGCCAUGGAACACAAAGAAAAUCCAUAUUAACCACGGUAAUAAAAUGAUCUGUUACCUUCUAACAGAAUGGCAGCACAGCGAGGCUACUUGGAAAUUGAUUAACUAGAUAGUGUAGUCAACGUAGCACAGUUUAAGUGUCACGUUUUAAAUAAUUCACUUAAGGUGUGAAUUUUUAAUAGGCUCCCCAGAAACUAGUUUGCGGAUUUCUUUCUUUGAGCUGUCAGUCUGUUUCUAUUGUUCUUGGUUUGUUUACUUACCUACAUUUGAACAGCACUGUUGUGUUAAAGGAGUCACUCCCUGUAAUCCUGGCCCACUGCCGCUGCUCCUGUGUUAAUGGGAGUACUUUGUGCAACCACACAGUUGCACUGCUCAACCAGACAGCAAACUACUCUCAAUCUGGGAUUGGUGCAGUUUCCCCAUCUAUAGUUGCACUGAGAGUGAGCAGAGGUGGCACAUGCCAAGAACAAUGAGGUUGAAGCCAGGCCCUCCUAACAGGAGGAUGUUCCUGUCAGCAAGACCCAAAGAGAAGAGACUGGUUGAGGGAGUGAGGAGUACUUUCUAUAGAGGUGUCACCAGGGGUGCUGCCUGUCAUCUAAGUGGCAGAGGUGUACAGGAACUUUGCCAAUGCUACAGCCCCUUUGGUCACUACAAUGGACAUGGCCACUGAGGUCCCAUUAGUGGAUUCUGGCAUUGGUGAAGUCCAGUCAGGGAGCAUCCUGGCAUACCAGCAGCCUGCUACAACAACUCGCAACAUCACUUCGCGUGAAGAUGCCCCCCCUCCAUCUCUGCCACUUGAUGGCUACAGUCUUGGCCCAUCUGUGUGCAUAUUUCUCCAUAGUGAGCAUGAACUCCUACACAUGAGCUCACUGGCAAUUACAUUGGCCCACAAGGUCGAGAGUGCUAUGAGAGUGCAUAGCUUAUUAAUGGAGGGGCAUCACCUUCACAAGCCACGCAUAACCUCCUCCGGCUUCAAAGAGGUCUGCCAUGUGAGGGGGCAGAGUUCUGCAGAACACCUGGCUGACAGAGUCCUCAGGGGAACUCUUCAGUCUGCAGAGAUGAAGAGAGGUCUGUAUAGAUGGUGUUUGCCGUUGUGUUCUCCAGAAUGUCAACAGUUACCGCUGUGCAUUUCUUAUCUACCCAGAUGCCCCUUGGCUUUGGGUAUUUCGUGAUGGACCCCACAGAGAGUCCAUCAUUUGGCCUUCUGGAGAUAAAGUGCCCAAAUGUCAAGAGCUACGUGGACUGCCCUUACCUAAAGACCCAGAAUGGUGCAACAGCACUGAAACACCAGCAUGCAUACUACUAGCAGCUACAAGGUAAGAUGCUGAUCUCAGGUUUGGAGUGGUGUGACUUUGUGGUAUAUGCCCAGGAGGACAUGCUGAUACAGCACAUUCACAGACUGCCAAGUUUGGGAAGCAAUCAGAGAGAAAGCUGGCCAUUUUUUUAUUACUCUCCUAGGUAAAAUGUAUCCAAAUGUAAAAUGUACACUUUUUUCCAGAGAUGACUUGUUGAAAUAUCAAUUAUCAAUAACCAUAGUCUUGUUUUUUCAUUCUGAUGAAUAUUAAUUUUAAAAUAUAUAUUUUUAAACUUUUGUACAUCUUCCCUUUAUCUGUGAUUAUUUCUAGCAUAUAUUAUUUCCUAAUGUUAUGAGGUAUAAGGCAUUAUAUUAUGAAAGAUAACCACUUUUUUGUGCUGUUUUAUCCCCCCGAAUCCAACAAAUGUAUUAUAUUGAUGUCAAAUGUUCUGCGUUUGUUAGUGAAAUCACUGGACAAAAUAGUGGAGUGCAGGCCUGUAGACCUGCAACACUGAACAUAAGCAGAAGCAGAGAAAAAAACAGGCCAAUCCAGUUACCAGUCUAAUCGUAUUGAAAUUGACAUCAUCACUAGUCCUUUGCCCAAGCUUUGACCAGCGGCCCAUUCUGGUAGUUGAUGAGGAGGCAGGCAACGGUGUAGAGCUGGUUGAUCCCAGUGAAGGAGAGCGGUAUGAGUGUCAAACAGCUUAUGAUCUUUCGUUCUGCUAAUCAGCCGCUCCACAUGGACCCUCAGCCGAGUGGUGGAUUGCAUCUCCCUGACUUCUGCUGCUGGCAUUUGUGAUCUCUUUAAGAGAAAAGUCGGUCUGUAUACCUUGCAGGGCACACAGUCGUCCACAAGGAAACCUUUGUCCACCAUAAUGGUUAUCCCUGGAUUCAGCGGAGACACGAUGCGCAUCCUUUUGAUACCAUAUAUUGUUCUUUUUAUUGAAGUAAAGCAGCACUCUUUAUCCUCUCUUCUCUAUAUUAUUAUUACUGUUAUUAUGACCUACCUUGUGUAGAUCCAACCGUAUGUCGUGUUGGAUGCAGCAAAUCGCUCCAAACAGAAUUGGUGAUGGACAGACGUUUCCUCCACCUGUCUCCCCAGUUGCUCUACCUCCUUACGAAAAAAGAUUGCAGUCAGAGUGCAGUAUAACUGCAGUUAGAGUCAAGUAUAACUGCAGUAUGCUGCUAAUACUGCAUCCAAUUUACAGUUUUUUUAGGCAGUAAAUUUUCAGUGUAAUUGAAGUUCAACUGCAGUACACUGCAGAUAUUAUUCAUUUACUGCAUCCAAACCAAAUUGGUCAACAUGAAAAGUAACAGUCAGUAUCUGGUGUGGCCACCAGCUGCAUUAAGUACUGCAGUGCAUCUCCUCCUCAUGGACUGUACCAGAGUUGCCAGUUCUUGCUGUGAGAUGUUACCCCACUCUGCCACCAAUGCACCUGCAAGUUUCCAGACAUUUCUGGUGGGAAUGACCAUGGUAGAACACUGACAUUCCUGUCUUGAAGGAAAUCACGCGCAGAACGAGCAGCAUGACUGGUGGCAUUGAAAUGCUGGAGGGUCAUGUCAGGAUGAGCCUGUAGGAAGAGUAUCACAUGAGGGAGGAGGAUGUCUUCCCUGUAACACACUGCGUUGAGAUUGACUACAAUGACAACAAGCUCAGUCCGAUGAUGCUGUGACACACCCCCCAGACCAUGACAGACCCUCCACCUCCAAAUUGAUCCCACUCCAGAGUACAGGCCUCGGUGUAACAUUCGUUCCUUUAACAAUAAACGUGAAUCCAACCAUCACCCCUGGUGAGACAAAACCGCGGCUCGUCAGUGAAGAGCACUUUUUGCCAGUCCUGUCUGGUCCAGCGACGGUUGGUUUGUGCCCAUAGGCAACGCUAUUGGCAGUAAUGUCUGGUGAGGACCUGCUUUACGACAGGCCUACAAGCCCUCAGUCCAGCUUCUCUCAGCCUAUUGCAGACAGUCUGAGGGAUUGUGCAUUCCUGGUGUAAAUCGGGCAGUUGUUGUUGCCAUCCUGUACCUGUCCCGCAGGUGUGAUGCUCGGAUGUACCAACCCUGUACAGGUGUUGUUACACGUGGUCUGCCACUGCGAUGAUGAUCAGCUGUCUGUCCUGUCUCCCUGUAGCGCUGUCUUAGGCGUCUCACAGUACAUACAGUGCCUUGCGAAAGUAUUCGGCCCCCUUGAACUUUGCGACCUUUUGCCACAUUUCAGGCUUCAAACAUAAAGAUUUAAAACUGUAUUUUUUUGUGAAGAAUCAACAACAAGUGGGACACAAUCAUGAAGUGGAACGACAUUUAUUGG